AUGGCUGCGGACGGACCAAAUUCAGACGGGAAUGAUGAAUUUGAUCCAAGAUCGGGCGAUCUAGAAUGCACCGAAGAACAUAUUGAAAGUGAAUUAAAGGCACCGGAUGAAAAACUCUGGUACCAUGGACGGCUUGACAGACAGACGGCUGAAGAUUGUCUUCGGAUUAGUGGAAAAAUUGGAAGUUACCUUAUCCGAGAGAGUGACAGCAAGCCUGGCUCUUUUGUACUCUCAUAUUUGGGUCAUGGUCCACCCACUCAUUUCAGGAUCAUUGCCAUGUGCGGUGAUUACUACAUUGGUGGGCGCCAGUUUGAAUCUUUAUCAGAUUUAAUAGGGUACUACACUUCCUGUUCAUGCCUCUUCAAGAAUGAGCAGCUGAAAUAUCCAGUUCCUCCAGCAGUGCCAGUAGAUGAUAGACGAAGGGUUCUGGCAAUGUUUUCCUAUAGAAAAAUGCCAGAAACUGAUGAACUCAACUUUGACAAGGGUGAUACAUUUAUUGUUCACAAUGAAUUAGAGAAUGAAUGGUUGUGGGUGACUGCUGAGAGGACCAAAGAAAGUGGACUUGUGCCAGCUCAGUUUGUAGAAGAAUUGUCUUGUAAUGGUGACCCUGUGGAAGCCCUUCCAUAUUUUCAUGGCUACAUCACAAAAGAGGAAGCUGUAGAUAAACUUAUGAAAGCUGGAGAAGGGAGCUAUUUAGUUCGCCCUAGUGAAAACUCUCCUGGUGACUAUUCACUUUUCUUUCUGUGUGGGAAAGAGGUCAAAAGGUUUCGUAUAGAAAAGAAAGGACGCUAUCUGCAUCUUGGUGGUCGUAACUUUGAGACGUUGGAUGACAUAAUCAAAAGAUACACUUUAGAGGAGAUUGUUGAGGGAUCAAAGUUGGUGUCUGCUGUGUGUAGAACAACUCGGCUCAACGACAUUGAUGACAGAUUUGAAGCGGUUGAUGGAACAGAAGAAAUCUACUCGUCGAUUCGCCAGAGUUCUGGGCCAAGUUUGCUGACACGCAGCAAUGAUCGCAUUGAUAUGACUGGAUAUCUCAGCAAGCGAAGUGACAGAAAAAAGAUCUGGAAGCCAUUUUAUUUUGUUUUGAACGGCACAGAGAAAUAUCUGUACUACAUUGAGAAUGACAAGAAAUCCAAACCCAAGGGAAUCAUCGACCUGAGUUACAGUGCCUUGUAUCCUGUUCAUGACAGUCUAUUUGGAAGACCAUACUGUUUCCAGAUUGUUAGCAAUUAUGACAACAACAAUGAGCAGAUAUGUUAUGUGUGUGCAGACAGCUCGGACCUGGCUCACAAAUGGAUCCAGUUUCUGAAACCAUACUGUGACAACUCUCGUGCUACAAAAUCACAGCUGCAUCACUCCAUGCUGAAGGAGUUUCACAAACUGGAAGUUAGCAUCAUGGAUGCCCACCGCCUGCCCCAGAAACACUUUAACCACCCAUAUUGUGUACUGUCUUUAAACAAUGUCAAGGUUGGGCGUACUGAAGUUGGCGAAGGCAUCAAUCCAUUCUGGUCGUCAGAUUUCUUUUUAGAUGAUAUCCCACCAACUGUUGAGUCAUUUACAGUCUCAGUAUAUAACAAAACCAAACGACUGAAAGACAAGGAUCCAGAGAUUGCAACGGUAACUGUUCGUCUGUCUGAUCUGUCUGGUCAAAGCUUUAUUGAUGACACCUACAGUCUCCAGUCAGUGGCAGCGGUGAAAGGAGAAAUGGGCUCCCUCAGGCUGAAAUCUCGGUACCAGCAUGAGAUCAUUAUGCCUCAAGAUGAAUAUACAAGCUUGAAGGAGUUGUUGCUGGAUGAUGGCUUUGAGCACAUCAUGACAUUGUCGCAAGUGACUGGUGAAAGUGAACGGGCCACAUUAGCUUAUGCACUUUUGCAGAUAUUCCGUCAUGAACGCAAAGAAGCAGGUUUACUUUGUGCUCUCAAUGACAAGGAGAUUGAGAAAGAGGAUGAAGUUUCGACUUUGUUCAGGGCGGGCUCCCUUGCCACAACUUUGAUGGUGCAAUACAUGAAAAUGACAUCAACUAAUUUUGUCCACAAGGCAGUGAAAGAAUCUGUACAGAAAAUUGUUGAGCUGAAACAGUCGUGUGAGCUUGAUCCCAAGUUUUUGGAAAACUCAACAGAUCAACAAUCAAAUUCAGAGUUUUUCCUGCGUCUAUUGACUGACAUAGUUGAAUCUAUUUUUUCUUCAAUUGAUGCUUGCCCAAUAGCAAAAACAAAAUGGCCCUCAGAUGAUACUGUGAAAACACGUGUUGUAAGUGGCUUUAUUUUCCUUCGUCUUCUGUGUCCAGCUAUUUUAAACCCAAAGUCUUUCAACUUAGUCUCAGAAAAUCCUUCAGAAACUGCAGCAAGAACACUCAAACUUGUGGCUAAAGUUUUACAGAACCUGGCCAAUCUGGUUGACAUGGGUCCAAAGGAAGCAUAUAUGGAAGUGAUGCAGCCAUUUGUUAAAAAGAACCGGGAUAAAAUGAUUUUGUAUCUUGAUGAGUUAUCUAAUGUCCCGAAAGAACCGGUAGUUCCUGACAUCCUGCCUUCAGAUCCAGCACGGGAGCUUGCAACCAUUCAUCAGUUAUGCGAUAAUCACCUUGAUGCUCUGAAAGCGCUCAUAGCAACUCAGGCAUCAACUAAGAAAAUUGUGGUUGUGACAGAGAUGUUGACAAACCAUAAAAAGAGAUACAUGGGGGACACGUGA